UUGUUUUGCUUUUGUAUAUGAUCUCAAUUUUUGGAGGCAAUCUUGAAUAAAUUGAACUUAAAAUAAACUAAGUCUCAUGACAAUAACAAUAAUUAAAAUAACAUGAAAUAUAAUGAUAAUUUAUAUUUUGUUUCCUUUAAUUUUAGCCUCUAUAUAAUAUAUAGUCUUAGUCCCAUUAUAACUGAGAGUAGAGUUGUUUUGUGGUGGUGAAGAAAAAACGGACCUUUGACCUGAACCUAGGUCGCUGGAAUCAUGGACAGAAAGUAUUUAGCCAUUAAACUGCAUAUUAUUUAAAACUGCAUGAUUUAUAAUUUUGUUGUUCGCACUCCAACAACAAACCCCAAAAAAUGAUGAAUCAUAGCUUAGAGGACCUUUGUCCUAGUGUCCGUUAUACUUCUGUUGUCGUCUUGGGCCUACAAUAAGGAAAUGAUACUUUGUAUCACCUUGGUCAUUCCUUCGCUUCUUUGACCGCAUGGACAUUAUCGCAGUUUAUAUUGUAUAUGACAUUUGUCCGUUUUGUCUUAUCUGACACCCAAAAGUUGUUAAUACAAGGAGGAGAUAAUAUAAUAAUAAUAGGCCUAUACUUUGAUGUGCAGUAUGAUGUCAUCCUAAUGUUCGUAUAUCUGAGACGCAAAGACGCAUGCGAACUUUCACUUAAGGAACUCGAUCACCAAAGGAGGUUUCAUAAAAAGUUAUCAACUAUAUGAAAACAGCCUGAUUUCUGGUUUUUCGGUUUGACUAAAUUAUUCGUGUUACUUUAAGUUCAAUAAUCACUGUACAGUCUCUGCAGAAGCAGGAAUUUUACCGUUGGUUAAAUCUUUAUUGCCCUAGACCCACGAUAGGUAUGAGGUACGUAGGCCCAUUUGUCUUUCAGGUCCUAUUGUAUACUUUAAUAUCUUGUAGCGGAAAAGUAAACGCACAGGUAUCAGUAACAAUUUUAUACGAGCACCUCGAAACUAUUACAAACGACACCGUCCGGGAAGUUUGCAGGUAUGACGUCAUUUCCUUAUUCGGUUGGUCUUUGUACAAUGCCUGUGAAACGGAGUGCUCGAGGAGGAAAUUUGAUUGUGACCUUAAAUGUCCUUGUCGUAACGGUGCUAAAUGCAAUCCGACCUUGAGUUUGUGUCAGUGUGCACCAGGCUGGUGGGGGGACUUUUGUCAAUAUCCAUGUGAGGAUGGUUUCCAUGGUAACGGAUGCAACGUCCGUUGUCAGUGUAAUAAAGACGAGAUUUGUGAUCACGCAACUGGAAGAUGCAAUGCAAAGAACUCUUUGAACUGUCGGACAACACCCUACCACUCGUCAUGCCGGGGAAGAUGCGAUUGCCCAAGAGAUACAGUGUGUUCAGUGGUGACCGGUUCAUGCACAUGUCCAGAACGAUGUAAAACUGGGCAAUCAUCAGCUGAUUAUUGUCCAGAAUGCCACACUCUAGGAAAAAUUUGCUUCGAUUCUGGAAAAUGGAAUGGAGACAUAUGCAACCGAUGCAAUGAUGCCCAAAACCUGACGUGUAUUCCGACGUGUGAGGAGGGUUGGCAGGGAUUUUUUUGUCGUGUUUGUCAAAAGGGACGAUAUGGACCAAAUUGCCGAAAAAUAUGUACCUGUGGUGAAGGAGCGGUGUGUGAGCAAACAACAGGACAGUGUUUAUGUGGGAAAAGAUGCUACCAAAGAUGCCGAAGUGGAUUUUACGGUCCAAAGUGUCACCAAAGAUGUGACUGUCCUUCAGGGGUGUUGUGUACAGAUGACACUGGGGUAUGCACUUGCCCAGAUGGCAAAUACGGCAUUAUGUGCUCAAUCAACUGUAGUUGCCCUAGUGGAGGCAAGUGUGAUGUAAUUACAGGCACUUGUCUGAAUUGCCAUGAUUGUGGAAAUGAAGAAGGAUCAUCCAAAAUAGUGACUGCUGGCGGCGUGUUUGUCGGUAUUGCAAUUGCUACGUUUAUUGCUUGCAUCGUUAUUAUUAUCGUCCGAUAUAAACGAAUCAAGAUAUUUCACGUAAGAAAAUUCGAAGUAGAUGCGGUUAUUCGAAACUCUCGACUCUACAGCUCUCCAGGGGAAACUUGUUCUCUAUCGCCUGACUACAAAACUCACAACAGAAACUCGCAUUACGAAAGAUCGAUCCAAAGCUGCACCUUACCUCCUCUGCCAAGUCCGUUGCUACAUAAUUCGUCGAGUUUCAACACCGCUCAGGGGCGUACGCCAAAUUUUGCAACAUCGCCCCCUAAUCAACCAGAGGCCAGAUUAUACGAGGAUCCAGAGAGCAUAAUAUCCGAAGGUUAUAAAAGAAAAUCUGAGCAUGGCGAGGAAAUAGAUGUAAACUCAAUACCAGAGGGCGAUCAGGUGAUCACAGGUAAUAAGUCGAUUGAUACCAAAGAAAAACCACAGUAUUUUCAACUAGAAAAAGCCGACUAGAAUUGAUAUCCCCGCGAGCCAAAAAAUAAUGAUGACUGAUGCCGCAAUAGCUCUGCAACUCGCAAUUAUAUUAAAAGAAACUUUUUCAAGUAUCUUAUAUUCGAUUCAACUUAUCGUUCUUAAUGUACAUUACUGUAUCGUACCUUACAAUAAACAAGCGAGAAAAAUG